UCUCAAAAUCUCAAUUGUGACCACGACUUACUCACAUCAAUCGACGACAUGCUGAUAUAUUCUUAUGAGUUUAUUUUUAAUGAUUCCUGGAAAAACCCAACAAAUGCCAUUUGAAUAAUAAUAUUUAAAUUUUUGUUAUUUCACAACUACACUCAACAAUCGACAAUUAGUAACAAACUAACAACGACAACAAUCAAUGAAGAGUUGACGAGUAACGACGUGCCGAGUACAAAACUACAAAGUUAUUCUUAUAUGAGUGUUUUUCAAUUAUUUCUGGAUAGACGCCGUUUGAAUAUUUACUUGUUUUUGAUAUUCGACAACAGUCAAAUACCACUAACGACGUGCCGAGUCCCGAGUGUCGUUUUAUUUUGAUUUUUUUUUUAAUGUGUUCUUGACAAAAAUCAUUAGAACAUUUAGUUUUUGUUGUAAUAGUAACAUGACCGAUCAGUGCAUCAAUUAUAAUUGCCAAUCAAAACCUAAAAGCAAGCUGUUAGCUGCCCAACAAUCCGUGUGCAAUUAUUAUAAUGUUCAGUUCAAGUCAUAUAGCCAGGUAUGUGGGGCCUGUUUGCAGAAAAGUAUGAUAUAUUUUGAGAAGAUCGGUAAGCGGAUACAAAACCUAGAAUGUAUACUUGAAGACAGACUUCCAAAAAGAAGCAUCAGUAGUGUUAUUGAGUUAUCAGACUCUGACGACGAUAAUCCAACAACUGAAAAACCAAACCCGCAAAAAGCUAAGGUGACGACAUCAUUGAUCACAGCCUUGAACACUACUGUCAAACCAUUGAUCGCUAAACAAGAAGAAUUAUGCGAUAGCCAUUUGAUUUCUAAAAAAUCCAAAAUGGCUACUGGAAAUGAACUAUUAAAUAAUUUAAUGCUGACAGCAGAUAAAGGACUCACACGUCUAUACAAAAAUAUGUAUAAGUUUGAUAGUCAAAUUAUGUUUAAAUUAGACAAAGAGAUAAAUAUUAUAGAUAAUAACGAUAUAGCCAUURUAACACAUAAACAGUUACCUGAUUUGCAGAAUGAUUUACCUGUAGAAGGCAAACUACUAAGGUACUUAUUAAAACAAGGUGACAAAGUGUAUGCGAUGAAAUUUUCACAACUGCAGCCGUGGGUUGAGGCAACUAUUAAAUCAGCAGUUAGUGAUACAUAUUAUAAUAUUACAUUUGACGAUGGAGAAGAAAAAGUUUUAAAUUAUAAAAAUUUAGCAUACAUAAAUACUACAAGCCAAGCACAGUAUCCAGUAGGCAGUAGAGUGAUCGCCAAAUUCCAAGAUAUGAACAUUCAAUUAACGGACAAAUUCUAUGUUGGAGUAAUAGCAGAACCGCCAAAAUGUCUCAACAAUUUCAGAUACAUGAUAUUCUUUGAUGAUGGAUAUACACAGUAUGUAUACCAUAAGAAUAUUCGCCUUGUGUGUGGUGAGUCGCCGAAUGUGAGUGACGAUGUGCAUGAAAAUGUUCGAGAAUUUGUCAAGGAGUAUCUACAAAAUUAUCCAGAACGGUUUAUGGUAAAGUUUAAUAAAAACCAAGUAGUACGCACAGAACUAAACAAUAUAUGGUGUUUAGCCAAAGUGAAAAAUUUAGAUGCUUCACUAGUCCAGUUAAAAUUCCUUGAUCUCAAGAAUGAACACACAGAAUGGAUGUAUCGAGGCUCAAAUAGAUUAAGUCCAAUAUACAAUCAAUUAAGUAGUAACAAUAAAGAUAAGCGUGUACGUGGUACGGUAUUGACUGAUGUUAAUAAGUUAUUAAAUCGGCCAUAUAUUGAAUUAGAAAAUGAAAAGACUGAAAAUGAAAAAAGUGUUGAUAUUGUUAACAGUGAUGACACUCGAAAAAUGCAGAAACCUCAUGAAAAUAAUGGUAUAAUUAAAUUAAUUGAAAUACCAGCAAACUGCCCAAAACCACUUCCAUACAAGCACCAUCAGUGUUCUCAUUUGUGUAUGUUAUGGGUUCACUACGACUACAGUCAAACAAAGCAUAUGAAUGUUUUAAGUAUUCCAUUACAUUAUGGAUUUAUGAGGUCUAUAAUAACAGAUGAAAAAUCAAAAUUAAAAAAAGUAGUUUAYACCACUCCUUGUGGGUGUAAAAUAGCUAAUGAAGACAGAAUGUACAAUUAUUUGAAAGUGACAGCAUAUGGUAAUAGUCAAAUGACUAUAGAUUUAUUUAAUUUUGAUUGUAUGGUGGAUCCAUUGUCUUCAUUUAGUGUACCAAAAGAGUUUAUUUGUAUACAGGACAUAUCUUAYGAGAUGGAAUUUAAAACAAUAAGUGUUUUCAACAGUUUAAAUGACUUGGUACCAAAACACAUAAAGUAUAUAACUGAACGCAAAACUACCCCCAGCGUUGAUUUGAAUCUAGACUCAAAAUUUUUAUGUGGAUGUGAUUGUAUAGAUAAUUGUGAAGACAAAAAUAAAUGUUCCUGUUGGCAACUUACCUAUGAAGCUUCAAAAAAUUAUCCCAAUAGUUUCAAAGACCCUGAUAUUGGCUACAUUUUCAAACGGCUAUACAACCGCGUACUCACRGGUAUUUUUGAAUGUAAUGCUAGUUGUAAAUGUGAGAAAACUUGUUUAAAUCGUGUUGUUCAGGAACCACUAAAGACUUCACUACAAUUGUUUUUAACUGAAAAAAAAGGCUGGGGGGUCAGAACGCUURCUGAUAUUCCCAAAGGCAGUUUUGUUUGUACAUAUCUUGGAGAGGUUCGUACUGAAAAAGAUACUGAAAAUGAUAGUGCUAUAAAUUGGGGUGAAUAUCUAGCAGACUUGGAUUUUCUUGAAACAGCUGAAGAUUUCAAAGAUGGAUAUGAAAGUGAUGUGAUCCAGUCUGAAGACGAAAGUGAAAAUUAUUCUAGUUCAUCUGGCGAUGAAGAAUUUAAUCCUAGUUGGGCAAUCAAGCGUAAAAUGAGUAUGUUUGAAUCUAGAAUGUCAUUAAGAAAGAAUUUACAAGAUACAAAUACAAAAAUUGAUGGAAAACAUGAACUGUCUAAGUUAAAUACUCAGCAAGGAGUUGAAAGUAAACACAAAUCUUUGCUAAGACGCUUAUAUAACGAUUAUGACUCCUACACAUUGGAUGCUAAGGUUAAUGGAAAUAUAGGUCGGUAUUUUAAUCAUUCCUGUGACCCAAACAUAUUUAUUCAAAAUGUUUUUAUCGAUACACAUGACCUUAGAUUUCCAUGGGUGGCAUACUUUGCACUAUCAAAUAUAACAGCAGGAACCGAACUAGUAUGGGAUUAUAAUUACAUUAUUGGAAGCGUGAAGAACAAAGUCCUUCAGUGCUACUGUGGAUCAAAAAAUUGUAAAGGUAGACUAUUAUAAUUUUCAUUAAUUGUAAUCAAUAUCUUUGUGCCUAAUUAUUAAUUUUUUAUUUUACAUAGAACAUACAAAUUUUUUAUACUUCAUUACUUCAAUCAUCURCCUAUGUGUGUGAAUAAUUAUUAUAUAAAAAGUUAGAAGUAUUUGACUUUGUAUUUUAAAAUGUUUUUGACUUCAAUCUUUGA